AUGGCUUCUGCGGGGGCUGAUGCGUCUGCGUUGAAGCCCACGGCGCUGCCAAAGGAGGCGGCUCUUCUCAUUGAUGAUAUGAUUCGCUCGGGGAAAUACAAAGUGCUGCUGGACGCCAUUAAGGGCUUCCGCAACGGCUUUGUCUACGGCGUCCGCAUUCGCGCGCCGCAUGCCCUUGUGCUGAAUGUCGUGUGGAGCCACGCCCCAUGGCGCGUGAAGGCGCGCAGAAUCUACGCGGCCACCAGGAAGCACAGCAUCUCUCUAGGGUUGGCUGGCCUGACCGUGUCGCUGGUGCGGUCGAUUCUCCGUAAGCUGCAGGGUGAGCCCCACAUGUGGCACAGUGCGUUGGCCGGGUUUAUUGUCGGUUCCGUCUUUUGGGGGGAGCAGAGUCCUGUAACGGUGCAGAUGAGCAUGUACAUUCUCUCCCGUAUUCUGAGCGCGAUGCUCUUCAUUCUCGCAGGCAAGUACGGCUGGAAGAUCCCACCAAAUGCCUUCCGCUUUUACUCGGGCGUGCUGUGGAUGAUCGUCAUGCCGCUCUUCCUGUACCACGGCGAGGCCGUGCAGCCGUCGAUGCGCACCGCCAUGCAGUACAUUUACCAGGACAACGAGAAGUACUCAAGUUGGUACGAUCUCUUGUGGGUGAACCGCGACACCUCCUCCCCCUCCUCCCCCUCCUUUUAA